GACUUCUUGUAACCUCUCUGAGUCCUUCUGAAUAUACUUUUCCUUGACUGACUGCAAAAUUCUUCACUGGAAUGUACGGCUCAGAAAAGGAAACUCACUCUGCACAAGUUUUCCUUAAACUUAUUAGUGGUUUUGUUCUGUUUUGCUAUGCUGUACAUUUCUUAAUCUGUUUGAUAGUGUGCAAAGUUGAUGCACUAGAGCACAUACAUGAUUACAGCAGUGAGUUACAUGGCAGGGUUAAUGCUGCUUCCGGGUUUAAGGCUACCCAGGCACUUAAUCAUGUUGGUAACUUUCAGAACAGUUUGUUAUUUCCUGUGGAUACUGACAGCAACAAAGCAGGGUCUCAUCAUAAAGAAGAAAUACAGGUUCCCACUCCUAUCUUACCUAGAAUAGGAAUUUCCAUCUUGUACAAAUCAGCUGCAAGACUGACAGUGAGGAGUGAGAUAUAUAAAGCUGGCAAUGUGUGUUUGUAUCAGCUGAUACCUUUCAGGACUUAAAAAGGAUUGUCUACCCGUUUGUAGGAAUCUUUAAAUAACCUGGAAUAUGGUGGAAGCAGUACUGAUAGAUCUGUUCAGCCUACCAGCCAACUUGCAGAACAACAUCCCAGGAUUACUAUUGAACACUCUGGAAACUAUUGAGAAAUGCUCUUCCAUCCCUGCUCCAUUUGUUUAUGUCAUGUGUUGCCAGAGGCAGGAGAAUGGUGAACAAGAGUCCUUGCUUCCAGCUCUGAGAAAUUUGCAGAGUCUGAAGAAAAGACUGCAGGUGGUACAUGCUCUGACUACAGCUGCUGCUUUGUACACCAUCAAACAAAGACUGGAUGAAAAAGACCUAAGCAUCAUUAAAGUUAUUCUCCCUACCUUAAGAAAAGACUUAGUGAAAGUAUAUAUAGAUCAUCUCUUUACAGCAGUCUACCAGUUUGAAUUUGAGGAUUUACAGGUGGCAUCUGAUUGUAAAAACCUACAGAUAGCUGAACCUCGGAGUGAAGAGCAAAUGGUUCCUACACAAGACGUGGCAGUCAUCCUAAGUGAGAUUCAGAUGUACUUGGAAAGCUUGCCAAGCCUGAACGGGGAGCUCACCAUCCUCAGAUCUUCCCUGAUCCCAGAUGAUAUCUUCCUACAUGGCUUCACCACAAGGACAGGUGGCAUCUCCUACAUACCAACUCUAAGCUCCUGCAAUCUCUUCAGCAGUUCCAAGCGGAGGGACCCACAAGUUGUUGUUAAAGAAAAUCUCCGCCGGAUAGCUAAGGCUGCAGGAUUUAACCCAGAGACUUUUCACAGAGUUAAGACUGAUCACGCUAAUGCUGUGUGUAUUACGGGAAAGACAGAGCCUGACAGCUAUGAUGGAAUAGUUACGAAUCAGAAAGGUGUUACAAUAGCAGCUCCGGGUGCUGAUUGCAUACCCGUGCUGUUUGCUGAUCCUGUCAGAAAAGCCUGCGGUGCUGCUCAUUCUGGAUGGAAAGGCACGUUGUUAGGAGUGUCUAUGGCCACUGUAAAUGCAAUGGUAUCUGAAUAUGGAUGUAAUGUGAAAGAUAUCCUUGUGGUGCUGGGCCCAUCUGUAGGUCCUUGCUGCUAUAAACUUCCUCAUGAAUCAGCAAAAGAAUUUCACCAAAUUGAUCCAAAGUGUGUGAGACUAUUUGACUCUGCAUGUCCUUAUAUUGAUAUCAGAAGAGCAACACGGAUUCUUCUUGAGAAUGGUGGGAUUCUUCCUGAGAACAUCCGAGAUGAUUCUGUCACAGAUCAGAACCAAAAUGUCACUUUCUGUACUGCAUGCCAUCCUGAUAAGUUUUACUCUCACUUUCGUGAUGGCAAUAACUUCGGGACACAGAUUGGCUUCAUAUCAAUCAGAGACUGAUAGUAUCUCUUACUCUUGAAUAGUAUUUUAUUCAGUAAGUGUGGAGCAUUGUAUGACAUUCUGAUCUCCUUGUAGAAGUUCUUCCUCCUUUCUUUCACAGACUUAAAGAAUUCACAGGUAUUGAGAAUCUCCUGCUUCUUCCCUGCCAUUCUGAGGCAAGAAUAAAUGUCUAGGGUGUAGGGCAAAUAAUUCUUCUGUAAGAGAGAGUGCAAAGGAAACAAGGACAACCCACACCAGUGACAAAGCCCUUCUGCAAGACCACAUGCAAGCUCCCAUUUUUUGGACCCUUCUUGACUAACUAUUUCCCAGAAACCUCAUUGUUUUAAGGUGGUGAAAGCACAGAAGAACAGUCUUCAUUAGCUUCUGAGUGAGACUUAUAAAUGAAGUCAAGUAUGACGUUACUGAUAUCGAAAGAGAAGUCUGUAUUGCACAUUGACUGUUUGAGAACACUGCACUUCUUGUUAGUUUCAGCCUUAUGGAAUUACGUGCCUGGUAUUGUUCUUCUCUGGAUGAAAGAAGAGCUCCAAAACGCACACAGGACUUCUAUGGAAAAUAACUUGAAAGUGUGAAGCAAACAAGCUCAUUUGAGGCAAACACUGAAUAUCUAUGAAACCUCACCAUUCUGUAUUUUUUGACUGUAGAAAAAGUAGGACUAAGACUCUUAAUAUGAUAUGACAUGUAUGUUCAUGUUUCCUUAGGAUUUUUUUUCGUUAAACUGUUGGUGCUCUGGUACUGUCCAUCAAGUUGGUCUCCACAGUGCCCAGUUAUUAAAUAAAUAUCUAAA